AUGAUGUCGACGCCAUCGGAUGGCGAUGCACGCGCGACUCACCCACGCCGACGCAGCAGAGACGGCCCUAGGCGAUCCAAGUCUGGUACAAGUAUGGAAACACUCGCGCGGCGCACGCGCAAACGCACGAAUUCCAAAGCGAACAUGGCUGACGAACGUGCGCCCGAGUCCACUGACCCACAAUGGCAGAGCUCGAGUGCGUCGUCGGAUGAGAGUGAUGUGCCCAUGCUCGAGCUUCGAGCUAGUACGAAACCCAAGCACACAAAUGCCGCCGAAGUCAAUACUACGAAGCCUCAGCUACAUCCCUCGCUCCUGUCCGCAGAUGCGCCACCCCCACAACAGCCACAGCCUACUCCAGCGUCGAACGUGUCGCAGCCAACACCUCACAUGGUGCCUACAAAGCAUGGGCAGCAAGGACCAGCGGAGCGACAGGAAAAGCAAGUGCUGGUGCCAGCUCCCCCACAGCCGCAUGCUAACGAUCCAUGGACGCAACGAAGGCCGUCAUCGCCUAUAUCCCCCACCACGCCCACUCCUCACUCAGGUGGUAACUCCAAAGCAAGCUCACCGCCCCACAUGCGCACGUCAUCGUCGAUGGCAUCUAUCAACAUGAUUCUUCAGCACCAAAUGAAGCAGCCGGUCGCCCCUGUCGUUGAUACCCAGACUGUGGCAGGGAGCCAUCAAAGCCUUGAAGAACCCUCGAUCGACCCAGAUGCGUCUGUGCAAUCAUCGCAUACGGGUGCGCAAGAUGCGUUGUACAUGCAUACUCGCGGAAGUACAUCUAAUGUGACACUCGAUGCCAUGGAGCGACCAGUACUGACGCGGGUGAAUUCGAUGAGGGACCAAGUGAAGGGGCCCUCGGCGCCGCUCAUGCGUAGAUCUAUGAGUAUCCACUCGUUUGGCGAUGCAACGUCAGGACUUCGUGCCAGUCCCUCACAAAUGCAGCUGAACCAAUUGCUUUCAGGACAAACGGGACGUCAUGACCCACCACGCAAGGCUUCCUUGGACAUGCUCGGGAUAGGCCGCAUGACCGCAUCAAAGCCACUAGGCCGGCAAGCUGCAUCGUCUAUUGCACAUUUGCUGGCAGGUGCAAGGCUCAGCGAUGCACGAGCCAAGCCGGUGGUGUCGAAAUUUUCGCAGCCUUACUCGACCACAGGCGUACACGCCAUCCAGACACCAACGGUGCCGGGUGCUGAGCCCGUAUCGGAGCAUGUGGUAAGCGUAGAUGUGCCUCCGAAUUCUGUGUACAGUGCGACAUCCAUUGACCGCGUGAUGCAUCGCAUCGAUAAGGAUGCACCGCCAGCGGCGCAUGACCGUGUGCAGCAUCGAUACCUAUUGGAAUAUGGCCUGAGUGGACCGCCCAUCGAUAGUGCGACACUGAGUCGCGCAGAACUUACGCCGCGACUUGAGUCGGGUGUCCUGCUACAGGACCGCGACGAGACACGUGCACAGACGCACGGCCUACGCGGCACGCCGCGUCACAAGUUGCUUGUGCCAGACUCGACAACAACGCUAGGACCCAACAUGAUUCCCUUCCACUUUAUUCAUGCGCUGACAUCGACGCUGGACCAUGCGCUCGCGCUGGAUCAAGCCGAGGUGCCAGCCGUAGCAUCUCUACUGCCUGGCGUGUCGGACCAUGCAGAGGAUGAGCUCGAUGCGCUCUCGCCGCCGACGUCAACACCGAGCGAGGGCCAUGCGCACUUUAUCGACAACUACUCGAUGCGUGCCAUCGCAUACACGGCGCAGGCCGUGUCCGUACAGCGAUCGCAUGCAGCGACGCGACGGUUUGCAGAUCCAUUCCGCCUGGCGCUAGGCCGGGUCGUUCGCAUGUCCGGCUAUGCAUCGCAGCUGCCAAUGGCGCCAGACUUGGACGCACAGCCGCCGCCGCCGCCGCCGCCAACGGUAUCGGUCGAGUCGAAACGUGGGGGACCAUUGCCGCCUACGUCACUAUGGCAUGAAAGUGGCCAGCAUGACCACCAGAACAAAUGGAUGUAG